CUUUAACCCUCCUCUUCCUCCUCCUCCUCUUCUUCUCCUGCCAUCGUCGAAAGUUUGUAGCCGACUGACCCCACAGUUUCUUUUCUUUUACGACCGUCGGGUUUAUGGUUUUGUGACCGAGUGAUGUGGAGAGUGUGAAGCGGGGAAGAGAAGGUUUUUCCGCGGGAGGAACUCGGGACGUUCGUCGGGACGAUGAGCUCCAGCUCGUAGCUCGUAGCUCGUAGCUCAGACGAGCUUCUUCAGUUCUCCUGUUUGUGACGUGUUUUGUUUUUGUUUUCCAGUGCCUGUCGAUUCAACCAUGGCUCGUGGCUGCAUCUGCUGCGUGAAGUACAUGCUCUUCCUCUUCAACCUGCUCUUCUGGCUGGGUGGGUGUGGCCUGCUGGGUGUCGGCGUCUGGCUCUCGGUCUCUCAGGGCAGCUUCGCCACGCUGUCGCCCUCCUUCCCGUCGCUCUCCGCCGCCAACCUCAUCAUCACGCUGGGCACCAUCGUCAUGGUGACGGGCUUCCUGGGCUGCCUGGGCGCCAUCAAGGAGAACAAGUGCCUGCUGCUGAGCUUCUUCAUCGUUCUGUUGAUCAUCCUCCUAGCCGAGCUCAUCCUCCUCAUCCUGUUUUUCGUCUACACCGACAAGGUGAGCGACAACGCCAGACGGGACCUGAAAGAAGGUUUGGUGCUGUACGCCACGGACAACAACGCUGGACUGAGGGACGCGUGGAACACCAUCCAGGGAGAGUGGAAGUGUUGUGGCGUGACGAACCACAACGACUGGUACGCGGCGCUGCACGAGAACGCGGUUCCCGACCGCUGCUGCCAGCUGGUUUACCCCGGCUGCGGACGCAACGCCUCCAACACCUUCUGGACACGGGGUUGCUAUGAGAAAGUAGAGGAGUGGCUGGAUGACAACAAACACCUUCUGGGAACCAUCGCCAUGUGCGUGCUGGUCAUACAGCUCCUCGGCAUGGCCUUCUCCAUGACGCUUUACCAACAGAUCCACCGAGCGGGGAAGAAGUACGAAGCCUGAUGGGGAUAAACGUGGUAAAGUCCCAUCAGUUUUAAUGGUUAGGUACAUGAAACCAUAUCAUGAAUAUAAUAAUUAUAUCAUCUCCAUCGUGCCUGUUACCCUCACCUCUUUGUUUAUAGUCAAAAUAAGACAUAUAUCCUGUGUGUGUGCGCGCGCCACUGCAAACCUUUUAAUUUUGUGAAUAGCAUUGGAAGUUGUUGUUUUUUUAAUCACACUACGAUUGUUUCUAUGUAAAAUAUCUGACUGACAAAUCAAAAAGAAGACUGAAGCAUGAGAGAAAAUGCCUGUGCUUAAUAUACAUAAAUAUGUAAUAUACAUAAAACAAGCCUUGUGUACCAACAUGUUCAAUAAAAGCAGAGAUCACUCUU